UAACACAGAGAGAGAGAGAGAGAGAGAGAGAGAGAGAGAGGAUUUUUGUAUUGGGACAUCUUCUCUCUGCCGUUGAUCGAUUGAUCGAGCCCGUGAAUCGAAUCUGAAAGGGGUGUUGGGAUAAAUUCAAGGAGGGAGAGAUGGCAUCAAGAGCUAUAGUUCCUCAGCAACAGAGAGGUGGGGCGGCUGCCGUAGGAAAACAGAAGGCCGUCCCAGCCGACGGAAACAACCGGCGAGCUCUUGGAGAUAUUGGCAAUCUUGUCAAUGUUCGAGGCACUGCCAUUGAAGGGAAGCCGCAGCAGCAGAUCACUCGCCCCAUCACAAGGAGUUUCUGCGCUCAGCUUCUUGCGAAUGCGCAGGCAGCUGCUGCAGCUAAUAAUAAGAAAUCAGUUGCAGUUGUUGCAGAUGUUGGAGUCAAAGCAAAGGGUGGCGCCAAGGUAGCCAAACAGAAAGUUACUGUGAAGCCGAAACCAGAGAAGGUAAUUGAGAUAAGCCCCGAUACGGAGGAGGAAGCUAAGAAAUUUGAAAACAAGACUAAAUUACAUGAAGGAUCAUCAAGGAAGAAAGUGGUGACCCUCACUUCGAUCCUCACCGCACGAAGCAAGGUCGCCUGUGGACUAACAACGCGAGUCACAGAUAUUGAUGCGGCGGAUGCGGAGGAUCAGUUGGCGGUUGUCGAUUAUGUUGAAGACAUUUACAAAUUUUACAGGCUUGCUGAGACUGCCAGUCGGGUUCAUGACUACAUGGACACACAGGUCGAGAUCAACGAAAAGAUGCGGUCGAUCCUUGUCGACUGGCUGAUUGAAGUCCAUAAAAAAUUUGAACUUAUGCCAGAAACCCUCUACCUUACCAUCCACAUCGUCGAUCGAUACCUUUCAAUGAAAACGGUGCUGCGAAGGGAGUUACAGUUGGUGGGCAUGACUGCGAUGCUCAUCGCCUGCAAAUACGAGGAGAUUUGGGCCCCAGAGGUGAACGAUUUCAUUUGCAUAUCAGACAGGGCUUACAACAGAGAACAGAUUCUGGGUAUGGAGAAAAGCAUUUUGAACAAGCUUGAAUGGAGCUUAACUUUCCCAACACAAUACCAAUUCCUCGUGCGGUUUCUCAAAGCUGCUGCUGCAUCCCAGCAGAUGGAGAAUAUGGUUUGCUUCUACGCGGAGUUGGCUUUGAUGCAGUACUCCACAAUAAUAAUGUAUUGCCCAUCAAUGGUUGCAGCUUCUGCAGUCUAUGCGGCCCACUGCACUCUCAAAAAGACUCCUUCUUGGAGUGAAACACUCAAGCACCACACAGGGUUCUCUGAGCCACAACUCAUGGAUUGUGCCAAGACGUUGGUGAAAUUCCAUUCCUUGGGGGGAGAGGGCAAACUGAAGGUGGUUUACAGGAAGUAUUCGUGCCCUCAACGAGGGGCCGUUGCUUUGCAUCCUCCUGCGGAAAAGCUACUAGAGAGGAGUUGAAGGUGGGUUGCUGAUCAAUGUAAAAGCCAUGGCAAGCUUCGGAUGAGGGGGUGGUGGUCAAAUUCUUUUGAUUUAUUUGGUGAUUAGUUUCAUGUCAUGGAGCAUGAAGAUUGUAAUCAUCUAAUUUGAUGAUGAAACAAAAAAAGAGAGAUUGAAAUUUCAAUUGGAAUUUUUUAUGUAUGAUGUCCAAGAUUUUUUG